AGGCUUGUGUUGUGCACUCCAAUACUACAGAUGGCAGUCUAAACAGUUAAACUUUGUAAUGAUUUCACAGAAGAAGGCUACACCGGGAAGAACAACAUCUGUUGAAGUUGCCAGCUAGCUAGAUAAACCAAUCUACCCUAGCUGACUGAGCUGAAAACUAUGUAAACACAGAGAUAAAAAAAAAAAUCAAACUCGCUCCCUCGUGUACCACCUAGUUAGCCAGCCAGAACAUUGCAAUCAGGUCGAUAACGUUAAGCUAGCCAGUUGGCUUUUUGAACAUAGCAUUGCCUGCUUACUUGAAGAUUCACGUUAACUGUCUAGCUCACAGUGGAACUGAUAUGUUGUCUUAUGUACACUCGCAAUAUAAAUAUACUGGAUGAUAUUGCAAGCCGAGUUAAGUCAUAAUUUAUGCUAACUCUUAUUAUGCUCGAUUAACCGACGAGGUCUGUUUUUGAGGACACUGUUUACCUCUCGGAACGAUGUCUGUGAAGUUGGACGAGCAACAUGAAGACGAAGAAGAAGAACCGGAGGGAGAAACAUCAAAGUGCAUUCGCACCUCACACAUAGGAGAAAAGCCUUUUUUCCACCUUAGUCAGAGAGCCUAUGGCGAAUCAGUGCCGUUUUCACUGUCGAAGUAUGUGCAAAUCCCAUACACAAUAAACAGAUACCUGCGGGACUAUCAACGGGAAGGUGUGAAGUUUAUAUUUAACAACUAUGUCAACUCGAGGGGAUGCAUUCUUGGUGAUGACAUGGGUCUUGGAAAAACCAUACAAGUCAUCAGUUUCUUGGCAGCAGUAUUGCACAAAACAGGGACAUGGGAAGAUGUUAAGAAGAAUAUUCCACAUUUCCUGCUGUCACAAAAAUCAGCAGAGCAAGGAAAAGUAAAGAAGGUCUUUCUGAUUAUCGCCCCACUCUCUGUUCUCUACAACUGGGAAGAGGAACUUGAGACAUGGGGUCACUUCAAAGUGGCCGUUGUGCACGGUGUUGAGAAGGAGGAUGAAUUGACUCGUGUGAAGAAAGGAAGAUGUGAGGUCGCUCUUACCACCUACGAGACUUUUCGACUUGGCCUAGAUAAGUUCAACAGUAUUAAAUGGGCUGCUGUCUUCGUCGAUGAGGCUCACAAAAUUAAGAACUAUAAGUCUCAGAUAACCAAGGCGAUGAAAAAGAUGAGAUGCAAAGUGCGAGUGGGACUGACAGGAACCAUAUUACAGAACAACCUGGAGGAACUCUACUGUGUCAUGGACUGGGCUAUUCCAUGGUGCCUUGGUAAUUUCCGGCAAUUCAAGAAGAAGUUUGCCGAGCCUGUUGAGCAUGGGCAAAAGCACAGCGUCACAAAGCGCAAUCUGGCCAUGGGUCGCCAGGCCGUACAGGCUCUGGCCCAGAGGCUCUCUGGGAAGUUUCUGAGGAGAACCAAGGCCAUUAUCAGCAGCCAGCUCCCAGCUAAAGAUGACCGGGUGGUGUACUGUUCUCUGACAGAGUUCCAGCAGGCAGUUUACAUUGCUGUGCUUGAAUCAGAGGAUGUGAUUCUGUUAAUGAGGAGUGGCCAAUACUGCAGCUGUGGCAGCAAACAGCCCAGGAAGAAGUGCUGUUACAAGACAAAUUCGAAAGGGAUGCGUGUCUCAGAGCUGUACUUCAGUUAUCUGGCCAUUCUCAGAAAGGUUGCUAACCACGUUGCCUUACUUCAGUCCAAAGAGGGCACAAGCAAGAAACAGGAGGCGUGCAUCAACUCUGUUUGCGAGAAAGUGUUCCAGAAGUUUCCAGAGUUUGCGGAGCGGUGCAAGCAGGCAGCCUUUGAGGCCAUGUCUGACCCCAUGUACAGUGGGAAAAUGAGGGUCCUACAGAAGUUGCUGAGACACUUUCUUCCGAAAAAGGACAAAGUGCUACUAUUCUCUCUUUCAACUAAGUUGUUAGAUGUGCUGGAAAGUUACUGCAUGGCUGAAGGAUUGGAGUACCACAGGCUGGAUGGCAACACCAAAGCAAAAGACAGGAUGAAGAUUGUGAAAGAGUUCAAUGCCUCUAAGAGCAUCAAUCUCUGUCUGGUGUCCACUCUGGCUGGUGGGCUUGGUCUUAACUUUGUGGGUGCAAACGUCGUCAUCCUUUUCGAUCCAACAUGGAACCCUGCCAGUGAUCUCCAGGCUAUAGACAGGGUGUAUCGCAUUGGCCAGUGCAGGGAUGUGACCGUGUUCAGACUUAUCUCCCUGGGAACCGUGGAGGAGAUCAUAUACUUGCGCCAGGUGUAUAAACAGCAACUGCAGUCGUCUGUGGUGGGCGGAGAGAACUCCCGGCGUUACUUUGAGGCUGUGCAGGGAACCGACGGCCAGUCAGGGGAGCUGUUCGGCCUGCGGAACCUCUUCCGCCUGCAGUUAGACGGAACGUGCCUCACUCAACGCAUUCUGGAGCGUGAAGGCCGCAUAGAGGCUGGUGUGAUGACUGCCAAAACUGCUGGUGAGGAGAGGCCGCCUGCUGGCCAGACGGAUCUCGGGGCGAAAGGUCCCACGGAGCAGCGGACAGCUGGGCAGUCCAACUGUAACCAGGCCGCGGGGGGAGUGCUGGAUUUCAGCAGCGACAGUGAGGAGGAGGGGGAGGCGGGCACCUCUAGGGGGUCGACUGCUUCCAACCCGGAUGGGGCGCAGGGACCCGCCGCAGGCCACGGCUGCCUGAAAGAGAGCUUCACUGAGCUGUUCCUGCAGGGCCUGGGCCCCGUGGACGUCAGAGAGACUAGUGCCCGCCUAGGUGAUGAGGCCUCCAGAGACCCUGAGGAGGAUGACUGGUCUCCUUUGGACAUUUCUGAUAUGGAGUUGGAGGAGAUCUCAAAGAGCCCAGUAGCUGGCACAUCCAGAUCCCCAGUGCACAAGAAACCCGAGGAGAUGACGAGAAGGACGGCAGAAAGGGACGUAGUUCCGGAGUCGGAUGAGGACGACCGGCAGGUGCACUACAGCGAGGAGUCUGAGUCCUUACUCGAUCCACGGGCCAUCCCUUUGAAACACCCAUCCAGAAACGAUCUCGGAGCUGGCGGAAAGAAAGUCACGAGGAAACAGAAGACAGAGGACAGGAUAGAGAGCUUCAGUUCAUCAGAUGAUGACACGGAGUUUGGACAGGGCCAGCUCGCCACCCCGAAAAGGACGAGUUCUGGACGAGUUACUUUCACCACACUGAAGAGCAAGCAACUCCAACAGACCAGCACAAGCAGAGCGAGACAAGGGGGAGGAACAUCAAAUGUGGCAACCAUUGAUGCACUCUUAGGUGGGCUGAAUGAGGUGAGCUACACUCACUCCAACCAGAGGGUGGUGGGCUCCAGCCGGGCGGAGAACUACAUCAGCAAGGCUGCAGUCAGAGAUGUGUUUGAGCGGCAGAAGUACUCUCAGCUGCCCGCUCACAUGCUGCUCGAGUCCGAAGAGGCUCAACCUGCACUUACUCCUCCAUUAAAUGGCACACACUCAGACCAUGAGAUGGAAGAACAGAGGCAGACGUCUACUGAGGGAGCCCCCGAGGUGUCUCGUUUGAGUCACCCUGUCACACACACCCUGAAAGCCAGCCAUCACCUCCGCAACAGCACCGCCAUUAUUGGAGAGACACCUAACUCUAUCUGCAGGAGCCACUUCAGGCUGAUGGCCCAGUUCUUUGGGGCUGAUUCAGUGCAGUCAUUUGCCAAUGGCCUUUUGAAGAGCACCUCUGAGCAGAGGCAGAGGAUGCUGAGGCAGUACUACAGCCAGCAGAACCCAGACCUGGAAGAUCUCGUGAAACAGGUCUUCCCUGAGCCCCCGUCUGCAGCUGUGAAAUCAAGGAUGGUUGCUUCUCCUCCCUUCUCCUCCUCCUCCUCUACAACUCUCCCAAGUGGAAAGAAUCCUACCUUAAAGUUCACACACACUGAACAUGCUCCCAAACGGCAUAUUUCUUUGACGUCGGAGGGCACUGAGGAAAAAAGCAGAGCAAAAAAGUGUAGGACUCUCUGCCCCAAAACCCCCUCGAGAAACUCUGAUCAGACUGAAAUGUCUCCCCCUGCGUUAUCAGGAGGCAGUAAAACCGUAGUUUUGACAAGAACCUUUCGAGAUCCACAUGUGGAACCACAUGAAAGACCUGGACCCCAACCUGAUCCCAAGAGAAACACUGCUGACACCUGCACUGAGAGGAACCCUCAAGUUCCCCCUGAAGUUCCCCGUCAUGUUCCCCCUAAAGUUCCGCCUGAAGUUCUGCCUCAUGUUCCCCAGGUCCCCUCUAGAGAUGAUCAGAGUGUGAACACGCACUCCAGCAAGUCUCUCCUCACAGAUCUGUUAGGGGACACGUCCAUAUUGGACCAGCUCUUCAAGCCCAAACCCAAACCUCAAUGUUCUGAUCGUCCAUCCCCGUCUUCCUCAAACCCCGCCGGCCCCCACAUGGAGAGGAAGGCCAAAGCAAGGAGCAAAGACCUCUGGGACAUCCUGAGUGAGGGCAACGAGGAGAGUAUCAACAAGCUGACAGAUCUUACCCAAAUAGAGAAGAUCUGUAGCAGUACAGUGAAAAAAGACAUCAAAAGCAAUGACUCUCCACUUUGGAGAAAAAAUGAAAAGUUCCUUUGGAAAAAACAAGACUAAUUAUAAGACAAAGAAUGUAAUCGUCCCAUUCAUCAGAUUGGGAACAUUUUAGAGAGGCCUUAAGAUUUAUAUUUUAUAUUGCAAACUGGUUUUACUUGAAUUUACAAAUGUUUUUAAUAUGCUUAUAAUCCUUUUUUACCUGAAAAUGUUUGUGUUUUAUAUUUAGUUUGUCAAUUAUGAGGAAGUCACAUUGUUUAAAAAUAGUAUAACCAUUGUGUUUGGGAUGUUUUGUCAUGUUCCUAUGGCAGGCCUAAGCCAUAGAUAUUCUUGAUCUCAUUUAAUUGUAGUCAUCCUUCCCCUUUCCCAAACAGGACUUAUGAAACAGUUUGCAGUGACAACCCAUAGACAGACACUUGGCAACUUCUUUGAUAGAACUAAAUCACAAGCAUUUAUGAUUUCACUUGAUGUUAAAAAGUUGCUCCUCACAGGUGGUAAUAGAUUUUCCUUGCUCUCCAUUCUUGCUCAUUUGCUGGUUUUUCAGUUUCUUGUUAAAAUACCUACAACGAAGGCAAUUGUUUGUGAAAUGUUUUGUGAUCAAUUCAAUAUUCAAUUCAAUUUUAUUUAUAUAAUGCCAAAACAAUAAAAUUGUUAUAUCUAAAGUAAAUUUGUAAUUUGUAUAAGAUUCAUUGUAGUUAUAAUGAGCAGCACAU